AUGUUGGAAAAUGAACGUGUUAGAAUAGAACAAGUUCAUUACGUUCCUAACGUUAAUAUUUUGGUAUUAGAAGCUGGUCCACAGAAUUCACAAAUUAAUGAUAUACAUACAUUUCCCUCGGCUUAA